CACGGCGGCGGCAUGGAAGAUGAGACUGAGUUACCAGUAAGGCCAAGGACUCAGAUUCAGAGCAGGGUGCUGCUCCUGACCAUCUGUGCAGCUGGCAUCGGUGGAACUUUUCAGUUUGGCUACAAUCUCUCCAUUAUCAAUGCCCCAACCUUGUACAUUCAGGAAUUCAUCAAUGAAACCUGGCAAGCAAGAAGUGGCAAACCACAGCCUGACCACCUGAUUCUACUUGUAUGGUCUCUGAUCGUGUCUCUAUACCCUCUGGGGGGCCUCUUCGGAGCACUGCUUGCAGGACUCAUGGCCAUCAGGCUAGGAAGGAAGAAGUCCCUCUUAGUGAAUAACAGCUUUGUGGUGGCUGCAGCCAUCAUGUUCGGCUUCAGCCGCAAAGCACGCUCCUGUGAGAUGAUCAUGCUCGGAAGACUGCUCAUGGGAGUCAAUGCAGGUGUGAGCAUGAAUAUUCAGCCCAUGUACCUGGGGGAAAGUGCACCCAAGGAGCUUCGAGGAGCAGUGGCCAUGACCUCAGCCAUCUUCACAGCCUUGGGCAUCGUGACGGGGCAGGUGGUUGGACUCAGCGAGUUCCUGGGCAGCCGACAGGUCUGGCCUUGGCUGCUAGCCAGUUGCCUGGUACCUGGGGUCUUGCAGCUCACCACUCUACCCCUGCUCCCUGAGAGCCCACGGUACCUCCUCAUUGACUGUGGAGACACUGAUGCCUGUCUGGCAGCCAUGAAACGGCUGCGGGGCACAGGAGAUGUGACAGGGGAGCUGGAGGAGCUGGAGAAGGAGCGUGCCGCUUGCCAGGGCCAUCAUGCACAGAGCCCAUGGGAACUUUUACAGAAUCCCACCCUUCGGAGGCAGGUGACCAGCCUUGUGGUGCUGGGCAGUGCUAUGGAGCUUUGUGGGAACGAUUCGGUAUAUGCCUACGCCUCCUCUGUGUUCCGGGAGGCAGGAGUACCAGAGGAGAAGAUCCAGUACACCAUCAUCGGGACUGGGAGCUGCGAGCUGCUCACAGCUUUUAUUAGUUGUGUGGUGAUCGAGAGGGUGGGACGGCGGGUGCUGCUGAUGACGGGCUACUGCCUGAUGACCUGCUGGGGGAGUAUCUUCACAGCUGCCCUGUGCCUGCAGAGUUUCUUCCCCUGGAUGCCCUACCUGGCUAUGUCCUGCAUCUUUGCCUUCAUCCUCAGUUUUGGCAUUGGUCCUGCUGGAGUGACAGGAAUCCUGGCCACAGAGCUGUUUGACCAGAAGGCCAGACCUGCUGCCUAUACGAUCUGUGGGGUGCUCAUGUGGACCAUGCUCUUCCUGAUUGGGCUAGUUUUCCCAUUCAUCAUGGUAGGAGGCCUUUCCUGUGCUGCCUCCUGGAAUUUCAACAUUAAAUCUCAAUUAAGACUAUCUUUGAAUGGUCUUGGCUUCUUUCAAUUAGCAAAGUGGAUGAGCUGUUAACAUGAAGAAGAGAAGUACCAACAGAGAGGCUUCAGGAAUGGUGGGCCAUACCUUUGGCAGUAGUAGAGAUGCAGUGGAUCCCCCAACCAUGGUAGCACAAACCUGUAACAUCAACAACAUCUGGUCAACCACAAUCAACUGGAUCUAUGGUAUCAUUCCCUGGAUAACCAGACUAUUAUCCAAGUGGUGAGAAACCCCAGUACCAGCAUAAAACACUAGAACAUGAAAAUGAACCAAUAUUUUCUAGUUUCAAAAGCCAGUAAAUUUGAAAAAGACACUGAGAUAAGCACAAUAAAUCAAACAAAAUGUUAACCAGUUUGGGCACUAGAAAUUACCUAACUUAGCAAUUAUCUCUCAAUGUGUUGGAAAAAAGAAAAAAAAAGCGCUGAGUGCCAGUACCUUAUGUAUAUAAUCCUAGUACUUUAGGAUGCUGAGAUGUGAGGAUUAAGUUCUGAAGCUAGGCUGAGCAGACAAGUCUGUAAGAGUUAUCUCCAGUUAACCUCCAAGGACAAGAACCCUAGGCCACUGUUCUGGCUGUCAAAAGUUCAAGACCAAUUUUCUCUGCUUACUGAAAUUCACUGCAGCUCCUGUAAACAUCCACCAAGGGCCAAGAAUAACUGGAAGAAUAACCAGAAUGACAUCUUGUAUUCCCAUUCUUCUUAUCUGGGUAAAGCAGGAGCACCCAGUUUGGGAUAUUUGAAAAAAGUUUUGGAUAUUCCAAAUACUUAUCUACACUAGGUCCUUUCAAUUUAGCCAUUCUAGUGAGUGUGAUUUUUUUUAUUGUGCCUUAAUUGUGGUCUUGAAAUAUGGAUACUGGGUCUAAGUAAUGCCAUCUUGUCCUCACUGCCAUCUUGGCAUUUUAAUAGAUGAACAGGACUUUCUGAAAACUCUAGGGGUGAAAUUGCACUUUCCUAAACUCACAGGUGAUAGGCAGCUGAAUUCCUAGGUGGGGCAGGGGACUUAAUAGGUUCCCAGACCUGCCAGACCCAUACCAUAAACUCACAAAACUCUUUCCCUGGGACCCUGCCCCCUAACCAUGACCCUAUGUAAGCUUUUCCACCCCUGCUGCCAUUACACCAUGCCUCAUAUCUCCUGACUAUCCUCAGGACAUGUUGGGCAUCUCUCUUCAACUCUGCCUUAGAGUUGAUCUGGUCUGUUGAAAUUGUUUUCUUUAAAACCUUUAUGGCUCAGUUUCCUAACAGUAUUAACUGCAUUCGAGGCUGCAAGUCUUUGGGACAUGAGCCUACCCACACUCACCAGCUUUCUAAUAAAGAUUCCCAAAUCAGCUUCUCAAAAUGUGGCUUCUUGUAUCUCAUGAUCAAAUUCCUUUAUAACGGUAUUUUCUUGAGGACUAAUAGAGUUAACAUAUUUUUAUGUACUCAAUAAGGCAAUUUACAUAUACAUUGCUUCUAUUUUCAUUGGCUUGUCUUACUAUUUUAAAAUUGUAGUAGUAUUUUAAAUAUAUUUUGGGUCCCAGUACUUUAUUGGUACAGGUAUUACAAGUAUGUUCCUUCAGUUUUAGUUUGCCUUUUAAAAUUUUCUUAAGUGCUUAUGAGAAGAAAAUUUUAAUUUUAUAAAAUUCAAUU